AUGUCGCGGAGUGCCGACUCUCCAAAUGAACCUGCAACACCACCGAAUGUCUGGUCCCCGGAAGCAUUUGAUCAGGUUUUUCACGCCUCUGCAAAGAAAUUACGACCUCGGACAUCACCCGGAAUCGGGACAGUUGAGGACAAUCACGAAGAGGAGGAAUUCCAAGAACAAGGCCAAUUUCACCCAGAGUUAGACGAGGCACCGCCGCAGGUGCAUAAUUACGUCCAACGAAUGGAAAGCCGACUUCGUAAACUGCAUCAGCAGGAUGAUUCUCCUCAUUCCUCACGACCACGCGACGAGCUGUUCAUCCCUCGGGAUCAGACUGGUCCACCUCCUGCAGUGCCUCCGAAAAGCUCUACGUAUCAACCGCGGCCGCAGUCGUCGAUUGAUCAGGUCCAAGACUUUGGUGAACGGAAAAUGUCACUCAGAAGGACCCUAAGGCACAGAAAAUCUGCUUAUGACGUGGGGAAAGAGGUCCUGGGACGCACGUUUACAACCAAAACCAACUCCACAACAACUACUCAUAGUAGUAACACAACCCACCACAGCCUCAUGUCUGGACACUCUGCAACGAACAUGAGCGCCACCAGUGCUGGAAGCUACUAUCGGAAGAAGUUCGGCGCCAAUGGAGGAGCGAAGGCCAGGGCUUACAGCGUGAUGGACACCCGGGAUACUAGUUCGAGAGAAAUUGGAUUUGACGACGGCCGACCAGAAACGCCUUUCACCGGAGUGACGUAUCAUUCAAGCCACGAUUCUCAGCAAUCACGACCAGGAACAAGCUCGAAUGGUGACUGGGCAGCCAACGUCGCCGAUGGGAAGGAUCCAUUGGGUGGCUUAAUGGCGCCGAAACCAAAGAAGAGUGGAUUCUUCCGCAAGGUCAUCGAUACGGCGAAAACUUCAGCUGCAAGUGCUCGAAGCACAAUCGCGUCCGGACAAUCUAGCCGACCAGUUUCCCGACAAGGCAAGCUACUGCCGAAUGGAAUUACAGCGAUUGCAGGUGGCGCAACCACACCUUCCAGCGCAGCCCGAGACAUGGGGCUAGGCGGAGUAGUGGACUGGGUCCAAGUUCGACGAGAUGUCAAUCGGUCGAACUCCCUCAGUAAAAAUGAGCGGAGUGAGCGAGCAGAGCGAUGUCAAAUGAUGGAUAUUCCUGUCAUCAAUCCGAUAGACGCACUCUACGAAUCUGCAGAGGGUGACGAAGGGCUUGACGGACUUGCCAUUGCCGACCCUAUGGACUUCUCGACUUGCAACUUGGCACUGGUCGACAAAAGCUCCCGAUUCAUCAACAGUGUCCCCUUAGGAACAACUUCCGCAAGCCUAGCGCAAGGCUACGUCUGUAGACCUUAUAGAAGCGACGUUCAACGACUCCGGGCAAUCUUCACUUGGGUCAGCGAACGGAUCUCCUGGGAAGACGACUUCGAGGGCGAUAUUGAUACUCGCCAUGUUAUUCAGAUGAAGCGUGGUUGCUCGCAAGAGAUAGCCAUACUCGUCUUCGAGAUGUGUUCAUCGGUUGGACUGCACGCCGAAGUGGUCCGAGGGUAUCUGAAGACUCCCGGUGAAGCUUUGGACCUGGACCUAGUUGCUAGACCAAACCACUUCUGGAACGCCGUUAUUGUGGAUGGGGAAUGGCGCAUUAUGGAUUGCUCUCUGGCUGGUCCUACAAAUCCCAAACGAAGCCAGUAUUCGAGUACCGGGUCCCAGGUGGCGGAGAACUGGUGGUUUCUCGCUCGUCCGAUGGAGAUUUGCUACACCCAUGUGCCCUUGCUUCCGGAACAGCAACACAUUUGCCCACCGGUAUCUCACGACAUUCUCAUGGCUCUACCUUGCGCGUGUCCUCCUUAUUUCAAACAUGGCCUCCAGAUGGUAGACUUCGAUACCAGCUUACUCAAUCUCGACAAUCUUGAGCUCGCCCACAUUUACUUCAACGUCCCGGAAGAUGUGGAGUGUUUAGCGGAGGUGGAGGCUCGUGGAUAUGCCCAGGACGCAGAUGGCGACUAUUUCGAGAGUGGAGAUAUGGUAAAGAAGCCGGCGUUGGCGCAAGCGGAGUGGAUAGGAGAGCAGAAGCGAUAUACCGUGAAAGCGCUUCUCCCAGGCGAUGAAGGUCAUGGUGUGCUGAAAGUGUACGCUGGGAAACGCGGACUGAUGCACUCCAUAAAAUCAAACCCGCAUUCGCUUGCUUUCGCCCUUCCUCUCACGCACACAGGCUCAAACCCGCCGUAUUCGUUCCUCACCAUUCAUCCCACACCGCACGCCCAACGCCAUGAUCUUUACAUUGCCCAGCCCCAAUGUUCACGCUUAGCACUCAACAAUACCUUUGUUUUUGCUAUUCGCCAACAUCCGUCCUCACUUACCCGCUCACCGGAUCCGUCCGUGGCAUCCGACCGCCCACGAUCUCCAAAUCCUUUUGCCCGUCCUACCUCAGCGAUGAGCAUGAUCUCGAUGUCUCAGACCGGCUCUUCGUAUUCCAACCCCUCUGCGACCUCGAACUCAUCAUCCAACUCAUCCUCGAAUGCGCAAAAGCCGGCCAAGCUGGCGAUCCAAACGCCAGGUGGAAAGAUUAUUAGACUGCUAAGGAAGAGUGAGCAUAUGGGUGGCACUGCUGAGGGCGCAAGCGGUAGUGUCUGGGAGACUGUUAUCAAGAUCGGCGAACGUGGUACUUGGAGAGGACUUGUUCUAGCAGAUCGAAGUGCUCGAUGGUGCGUCUUUGGCGAAUGGGAAGCCGAGUGA